AUGAAGCGCAGUAAGAACCGCGGGAACAAGGAGGACAGGAAUGCAGAUGAACCAGCCGUUUUAGAGACAGAGAAUCUGGACAUGUUCAUGGAUGGAGGCCUGGACCCCGACACCAUGUCCCUGGCUUCAGUCACAGCCGUCACCACCAACGUGUCCAAUAAAAGAUCGAAGCCAGACAUCAAGAUGGAACCCAGCUCUGGGAGACCGGUUGAUUACCAGGUUAGUGUGACUGUGAUUGAAGCCAGGCAGCUGGUGGGACUGAACAUGGAUCCAAUGGUCUGUGUGGAGAUUGGAGAAGAUAAAAAGUACACCUCAAUGAAGGAAUCAACCAACUGUCCCUACUACAACGAGUAUUUUGUGUUCGACUUCCACGUCCCUCCAGACGUUAUGUUUGACAAAAUACUGAAAUUGUCUGUAAUUCACUCCAAAAACCUCUUGCGAAGUGGAACCUUGGUUGGGACUUUUAAACUGGACGUGGGCACCAUCUACACCCAGCCAGAACAUCAGUUUUACCACAAGUGGGCUCUGUUGUCAGACCCCGAGGACAUCACUGCAGGGUGCAAGGGCUACGUGAAAUGUGACGUCGCAGUUGUGGCUAAAGGAGACACAAUCAAAACUCCGCACAAGGCCAAUGAAUCUGAUGACGAUGACAUCGACGGUAAUCUGUUGUUACCGGAGGGGGUGCCGGCGGAGCGACAGUGGGCCCGAUACUACCUGAAGAUCUACAGAGCAGAGGGACUCCCCAGGAUGAACACCAGCAUCAUGGCCAAUGUCAAAAAGGCUUUUAUAGGAGAAAAUAAGGACCUGGUUGAUCCGUAUGUGCAAGUUCAUUUCGCUGGGCAGAAGGGGAAAACGUCCGUUCAGAAGAGCUGCUAUGAACCCAUCUGGAAUGAACAAAUCGUUUUCACUGAGAUGUUUCCACCACUGUGCAAGCGGAUGAAGAUCCAGAUCAGGGACUCUGAUAAAGUGAACGACGUCGCCAUGGGAACCCACUUUUUAGACCUCAGGAAGAUUUCCAAUGAUGGGGACAAAGGCUUCCUUCCAACACUUGGGCCGGCCUGGGUGAACAUGUAUGGCUCCACUCGGACCUACACCCUGAUGGACGAGUACCAGGAGCUAAACGACGGCCUCGGGGAGGGGGUGUCCUUCAGGGCCCGUUUGCUCAUCAGCUUGGGCGUAGAGAUCCUGGACCCCUCCUCGCCCGACAUUACCAGCUCCACGGAGGUGCAGCUGGAGGGAGUGCCCAACAUCUCCGAGACAGCUGCUGGAAAAGUCGAAGAAUUUUUCCUCUUCGGGUCUUUCCUGGAGGCCACAAUGAUCGACAGAAAGAUCGGCGAUAAGCCCAUCAACUUUGAGGUCACCAUAGGUUACUAUGGAAACGAACUGGACGGAGUCGUCCAGCCAAAAACGAAGGGGAAGAAGGGUGGUGCUGAAGAGGAAACUGAACUGAUCCACAACUCCAGUGAUGAGGAGAUGGAGGAUGACGGAGACCUGACUUCUGUGGCAACUACUCCACCCAUGAAACCUGUCAUCACUGACCGGAACUAUUUCCAUUUGCCGUAUUUUGAGAGGAAGCCGUGUAUCUACAUCAAAAGUUGGUGGCAGGAUCAGAGAAGGAGGCUGUACAACGCCAACAUCAUCGACAACAUCGCCGACAAGCUGGAGGAUGGACUGAACGAUGUGCACGAGAUCAUCAAAACGGAGAAGACCUAUCCUGAACGCAGGCUUAGAGGAGUUCUGGAGGAGCUCAGCCAAGGAUGCAGUCAGUUUCUUUCGUUGGCAAACAACGACCAGAAUCAGUCCGGAAGAACCAAACUCGACAGGGAGAGACUGAAGCUGUGCCUGACAGAAGUGGAGAGCACUGGUCAACAAGCUAAGGCCAUGAGGUCUCAGGUGAAGAGGAGCACAGUGAGGGAUAAACUCAAGCUGGCCCAGAACUUCCUGUCAAGGCUGCGCUUCCUGGCUGACGAGCCUCAGCACAGCGUCCCCGAUGUUUUCAUCUGGAUGAUAAGCAACGGGAAACGCAUCGCUUACGCGCGCGUCCCGUCCAAAGACAUCCUCUACUCCGGCGUAGACGAGGAGAAAGGAAAGGACUGCGGAAAGGUCAAGACAAUCUUCCUCAGGAUCCCUGGUAAGAAGGGCUUUGGGCCUGCCGGCUGGACGGUGCAGUCAAAGAUAGAGAUUUAUCUGUGGCUCGGCCUGAACCGGCAGCGGAAAGACUACCUGAGCGGCCUGCCCAACGGAUUUGAGGAGAACAAGUUGUCCAAAGGACCUGGCCUGCCGUGUUCACCUCCCAUCAGCCUCACCUACAUGAUGAAGCAGAUCUUCCAGCUCAGGGUCCACAUGUAUCAGGCUCGCAGCCUGUUUGCAGCCGACAGCUCCGGUCUGUCCGAUCCCUUCGCCAGAGUCUUCUUCUCUACACAGAGUCAAGUCACUGAGGUGCUGGCCGAGACUCUCUGCCCAACGUGGGACCAGCUGCUGGUGAUUGAGAACGUGGAGUUGUUUGGAGAGGCCUGUGAGCUGAGAGACGACCCCCCCAUUAUCGUCAUUGAGAUUUAUGACCAGGACACAGUGAGUGUGGAUUGCCUUGAUGGUAAAGCUGACUUCAUGGGUCGGACUUUCGCUAAACCUGUGGUCAAGAUGGCGGAUGAGCACUACGGUCCACCGCGCUUCCCCCCCCAGCUGGAGUACUACCAGAUCUACCGGGGGAACUGUGCAGCUGGUGAAAUGCUUGCAGCCUUUGAGCUCCUGCAGAUCGGCCCCAACGGGAAAGCCGACCUCCCUCCCAUCGAAGGUCCCACAGACGUGGACCGCGGGCCCAUCCUGCCCGUGCCGCUGGGGAUCAGACCAGUGCUCAGCAAGUACAGGAUUGAGGUUUUGUUCUGGGGGUUGAGGGACCUGAAGAGGGUGAAUCUGGCCCAGGUGGAUCGGCCCCGCGUGGACAUUGAGUGUGCAGGGAAGGGGGUCCAGUCCGCCCUCAUCCCCAACUACAAGAAAAACCCAAACUUCAGCACUCUGGUCAAGUGGUUUGAAGUGGAUUUGCCAGAGAACGAGCUGCUUCACCCGCCGCUGAACAUUCGCGUGGUGGACUGCAGAGCUUUCGGCCGCUACACUUUGGUCGGCUCGACCGCCGUCACCACCCUGCGGAGGUUCAUCUACAGGGGAGCGGACAAGCAGGCCAACAGCUGGAACACCAAUGAGGAAAUCAUCGUCGUCAACAUGGAACCUGAUCCUGCUUUUAAGAAGAUGGACACUGUGGUCAAACUAGAUUCUUGCUCUGAAGCUGUGGUCAAGGUUGAGGAUGAUGAAAAAGAUGGAAAGGGGAAGAAGAAGAAGCGGAAGAAGGGCGAAGAGCCCGAGGAGGAGGAACUGGACGAGAGCAUGCUGGACUGGUGGUCCAAAUAUUUCGCCUCCAUUGAAACUUUGACCGAGGCAAGUGCAAUCGAGCUGGACCUGAACCGUUUCCCACGCGGGGCAAAGACUCCCAAGCAGUGCACCAUCGAAAUGGUGACGAACGAAGGAGAGAUGCCCACGGUGUCCAUCUUCAAACAGAAGAGGAUCAAAGGCUGGUGGCCUUUUGUGGCCAGAAAUGAGGAAGAUGAGUUUGAGCUCACGGGUAAAGUGGAAGCAGAGCUGCACCUCCUGACUGGAGAGGAGGCAGAGAAAAGCCCGGCUGGUGAGGGACGUAACGAACCGGAGCCGCUGGAGAAACCCAACCGUCCAGAUAUUGCGCUCCUCUGGUUCCUCAUUCCCUUCAAAGCUGCGAAACACCUGGUGUGUGACCAGUACCGGUGGCUGACCAUCAAGAUCGUCACUGCCCUCCUGGUGCUGGCCAUCCUGGCUCUUUUCCUCUACAACAUGCCGGGCUACAUGGUGAAGAAGAUGCUGGGAGCCUGAAAACACAGCCAGGAGAGAAGAAGCAUGUCAGUAAUGACUUCUAUUGUUUUGAAUAUUUCAUAAAAUGAAUUAUACACUCAUAGAAGAGGAUUAUAAAGA